AUGACAGAAGAUCAACUCAUCGAAGACAUCAUACACCACCAAGAUACAGGCCGAAUGGUCGGCGUACCCGAAGAGACUGGGAUGCCAGAGGUUACUCGCCUGACUAUUACAACAAAAGCUCAUAUGACGGGUACAGUGACGAUUCAGACCGUAGCUACGACGAUCACUACGACGAUCAACGCCGGUCUCUAUCCCCACGUCACUCACCGGGGCGUCACAGCCCCCGUCGUCAACGCUCAUAUGGCCGCCCUCCUAAGGGUCAAAGAAAUGAGCAUAGACACCCACGAGAUCGACGCGAGACGACUGAAAGAGCUCAGCGGAGGGACCCCGAGGAGCGUGGAUACCACUUCCAAAAAGCUCUUCCAGGAGUACAUCAACAGCGGCAGAUUCCACUUGAUCACGCCAGUGCCCGAGAAUCGCAACCUUAUCUGGCAUGACGACUUGUGCACCUAUUGCGGCGGUACAGACCAUCUUGUGGACGACUGCUUUUACAUAUACUUUUUCGUCCCAGAGGAGCAGAAGGAGAACCUCCUAGUCUUCCUUAUCGUCGUCGCACGCCAAGGCAUCGCUCGUGUGGCAACCAAAAUCUCCAUGGAUCACAUCCAAAUCAACACAUGCCCCGAUGCCACAAGGCCACCUCUAAAAGUGCCGUACUGGCAAAGAUUCGAUUACCGACUGUUGGCUCAGCCCUGGAAAGAGGCCAACCGCCUGCCGUUUGACACAACCUUGCAUCAAUACGGCCGCACCGGUCCCCCAGCAACCCGGGGCGAGUACAAGCACCUAUGGAACCCGGGCAGUGCAAAUGCGGCGCCUCCGUAUGACAGCGCUUGGACAGUGUUCGAGAAUGAGCACGUCCGUGACAAGCGAAACCCGAACCCAAGACCUCCUCGCAGCUUGAUGCCACACUUUGACUCCUUGGUCACAAGAACAUUUCCCCCUGUCCCUCCUCAGGCUUCGGCACAUCGUCAGCAACCAACGCAAGACCAACGCCGUCCCGCGCAAGCCGAAUAUGGCAAGAAGAGGCGCGGCUGGCAGAAUCACAGAGACCAAAAGGAGGCGACGCGCCUUCGGGAAGGCCAGGAGGUCCUUAAAGGGGUCUUAGAUACCACUGUGGUGGCCCAAGAAAGACAACGUGAAGAGCAAGCACGCAUUCACGCGCGCCAGAACGCAUCGGGCCGAUCAAGCAUGUUUGGCGGCGUCCAGGUCUCAGGCGUCUCCUCUCAACCCGCUCAGAUGCUAGCAGCGGCUCGACAAGACAUCAACGAUCGCCGACAACAACGUGGGCAAUCAGUCGUGUUCGGCGGCGGUCCGGUCUCAGGUGUCUUCACACAGCCCGCUAGCCAGCUCAAGCCGGAAGCAGCUGGGUUCCAGCCUUCGGGCUCACUGCAGGCAAAUGUUGCGCUACCACUCAAAGAGAGAAUCACACGACUCGACGACGAAAUCAAGGAAGAAGUAGCUGAGGACGAUGCGGCUGGGGGUGACAUGGCUGUGGACGCCAUGUCCAUCUUCGAUGAAUAUGAUCAGCUUCCCCAAAGACAGCCGAUGAUCAAGGUCGAGGUUCCAGAGUCUUGA